GUGACAGCUGUCAAUUCCCUGAAAUCAAAACACUUCAACAAAAUGUCAAAUCUUGCCGCGAAAGUUUUGUAAUAUUUUGUAAAAUUUAUUAUAUGUAUUCCUAUUUAAAAUGGAGACGGACAAAGAAAUAAUAAAGUAUGAAACGUUUAUAAACGAUAUCUUAAAAGAGGACCUUAAGUUAUACGACUACAAAUUAAGUAAAUUAAAUGAAGAAUUAACACAAUAUUACGAGCUAAAAAGUACAAUAAAACAUUUAUUAAAUUUAAAAGCUACAAAUGAUGGUACUAAUUCAAUAGAUGUAAAAUCAUUAAUGGAUGUAGGAUGUAACUUUAUGAUGGAAGCUCACGUUGAAGAUGUAUCAAAUAUAAUAAUUCAUGUUGGCUUAGAAUAUUAUUUAGAAUUUCCAUUAAAGGAAGCUGACAAGUAUGUGGAGUCACGCAUUGAAAUGUUAAUGAAACAAGUUGAACAUUUAAAAAGUUUAGUGAUUGAGACUAAAGCUAAAAUAAAAAUAUGUUUAAUUGGUAUUGGUGAAUUGCAAAAAAUGAAUUAA